CCACGAAUUGCAUCCCCAGUAGGAGUGAUCUCCAGUGACGGGAAGUUGCAGUUUGGUGGGGUAGUAAGAAGGCGGAAGUUGAUUCUUCUCAUAACCAUCGGUGUCAGAUCUGUGUCGCCUUAGUCGGCCUGACCGGGUAUCUUUGAUCGGAGUUGCCAUUCAAGGCCCCCGUUCUCUGGCAGAACUUUAAAAGUCCCUUCAGUUACUUUCUCCAACGCAUAUACUAGAUCUUUUCGAUUACAAAAACAAUGGCUGCUACGUUUUCUUAUGCCCAGGCUGCUAAGGGCGUUGCCCCCGCACAACCGUCAGCAAAGACAGCAGAGCCGAAUCAGGCCUCGAACCCAGAGGAGCAAACUGUGGGCACUACUCCUGAAGCUGAAAACACUGAGACCGUGAAGACGGAAGAGCCUCAGGAAACAGAGAAGCCUUCUGCCGACUCUGACAAGGAUGUGGAAUCCACGGCUGUCGAAAGCUCCAAGGCAGAGGUCUCAGGCACCUCCUCCCCCAGCGAGGGCACUGCUUCAACCUCGACGUUACCGAAAGAUGAUGAGGGCUCAAAUACACCGAAUGGCACGUCCGAAUCCACGUGGGAUAAGCAGUCCCAGGCCUCGGGAACUGACAAGCAAACCAAUGGAGCUGAGAAUGCUAAGGAGACAUCGGCAGAGAAGGAGAAGAGCGAGCCACCCAAAGAGCUCAAGGCUGCUCCUCUGCCUACAGUGAAUAUCUGGCAACAGAGGAAAGAGGCUCAGGAAGCCAAGGCUAAGGCCACUGCCUCGAAGCCCGCUGGCCCUGCUGCCAAAACUGGCACUUCUAAGACCGCUUCUGCGGCUUCUUCGGUCUCUGGUGAUGCUCAACAGGACCAGUCCAAGGCUGGCUCAAAGAAGAAGGGAGGAGAUGCGGAUGGUGCCAAGGACAGAAGAUCCAAGGGACGCGAUGAUGCAUCCCUCCCCCCUGUAGGAGAUGCCGCUUUGUGGCCCACCCCUCAAAGUGCCCAGGGUGAGGAGAAAAAGAAGUCCGAGAAGAGCCCCGUCAUCCGUCCUUCUGGCAAAGAGAAGUGGACCCCAGUCCCUUACGUGCCUACUGCUGUUUUCACCACUCCUCUUCCUUCUGCUGCCCGCCGCGGUGGAAGAGCUCCUCGUGCUGGAAGGGACGCCCGCAACGGAACCCAUGGUUCUGCCGCAGCUGCGGAUAAGGCUACUGCUGGUCAGGUAGCUCAAGGCUCCGCCACCAAGCAGGCUGCGCCCGGUGAGAGGGGAAGGAACGAGCCCAACUCGGCUCGCGCGAACUCCCUUCCAGCCCCAUCCAGACGAUCCAACAGCGCCGAUGCUGGAAUGGGAGACUCCCGCAAGAACCAAGCCACGGACCGCAACCGUGGGCCCAAGGGCAGUGACAAUGCCAACAUCCCGCCAGCCGGUAAGCAUGGCCACGGAGGUGAUAACUUCCGUCAUCAUCGUGAAGGCAAGGGAUUCUCCAGGAAUCACGACGCUACGCACAAGGGCGGCGAUCACCACUCCAAGAACCCACACUUGCCUGUGGAUUCACAGGCUAACCCUCGCUCAGGCUCCUCCCACGAACGUCGCUUCGAAAACGGCCCCAAGUCGGCAGAAUUUGGUGGCUUCCAUGAUCGCAAAGAUAAGGACAUUCCCCGCGAGUCGCGUGCUGACAGAGGUCGCGGCUCUCACCGUGGCCGUGGCGGUUUCGGCGGCUCUCAGAACUCUCAUUAUCCUAACAACCAUAUGUCUCACAAUGGUUUCAUGCACCCCAAGUCCUUUGGCUUCGGUGAGCGCCGGUCGCAACAACAUAGCUCUGGAGGCCACAGGAUGUCUUUGAGGUCGCCUUCCUUGCCAAACUCCGGUUCCAUGUAUGGUGUCUAUCCUUUCCCUACAGACAUCAACACCAUGUAUGGCUACCAGCCAGUACACCCUGGCCCCAUGACGGCUGUCCCUUAUCAGCAAUAUAUGGAGCCCUUCUCCCUGAUGAGCAUGAUCUCGAUGCAACUUGAGUACUACUUCUCUGUGGAUAACCUGUGCAAGGACUUGUUCCUUCGGAGACACAUGGACUCUCAGGGCUACGUCCCAUUGGCCUUCAUUGCUGGUUUCAAGCGCAUCAAGACUCUGACCGAGGACUUCGAGCUUCUUCGCCACGUCUCCCGCCAACUGAGAAAUGUUGAUUACCUGCAGAAUGAAGAUGGCAUUGAUAGAUUGCGCCCGAGAGACAAGUGGGAUCAGUGGGUUCUGCCUAUUGACCAGCGCGAACCCGCCGCUCAGCAUGAGGGACCUAGCAUGUUGGAUGAGACUGCGGCAGCGCAAAAUCAUGUCGAUGGCGCAGUUAACGGAUCGGCACCAACUGUCAAUGGAACUGGUGAAGCUCCAGCCUCGAAGACGUCGCUGUCGUCUGCUGCCCCAGAGUUCUCGCCUUCCAAGCCCGUGGAAGCCCAGAAUGAAGCUGCAAUUGUAAGGAUUCCCUAUGAUGCAUUUCCCGCACAACCAAGUCAAAAGCCAGUCGAUCGUAUUGGAUAUCUCUGCCAUUCUAUUUGACUGCAGUCCCAAACUUUUCACCCUCUUUCUCGUUUGUCAUGCAUUUGUUAACGCAGUCCGAACAGCCGACGAAUUAGCUUAUUUCCUUUACAAGCUUUCCACUUCUCCCAGCAUUUCGGCGGUCGAAUCUUCAAGGUUUGUGCUCGAGUUGAACGCUAGCUUUCCACUGUUGCUAAUCCACUCGCAGUGAGGACAUGAGUUCCACUACAACCACCGUUGAAGGUCUCCCAGAAUAUUACUGAAGUCUAUCUGCCGACCUACUGGGUGAGGGGAACGAGACUC